UCCUCCUCUUCCCUCCUCCCCUCGCCUUCUCCUCCUCCUCCUCCUUCUCCUCCUCCUCUUCCUCUUCCUCUUCUUCCUUCCUCCUUCCUCUUUCCUCCUUCCUCCUGCCCGUUCUAGGCGUGGGCAGCCGGGCUCGCCCUGGACGUCGUGGGCUUCAGCAUCGCCAUCGGCGCCUGCGGCACGCCGCUCGAGUGGAGGCGCGCCCUGCGGCUCUUCGACCGCAUGCGGGACGACCGCGUGCCGCCGAACGCGAUUGCCUACAACAGCCUCAUCGGGGCGUGCGGGGCGGGGCAGUCGUGGAGGGCGGCCCUGGGCCUCGUUGACCAGCUCGAGGCAGAGCGUCUGCGCCCCUCCAUCGUGACGUUCGGGGCGGCGAUCGGCGUGUGCAAGAUCAGCCAGCAGUGGCAAGAGGGCCUGGCCCUCCUCGACAGGCUCGAGGGCCACCUGCUGGAACCCAAUGCCAUCACGCUCAACGUGCUCGCCAGCGCCUGCGGCAACGCCCCCUGGGGCCAGUGCUUGAGCCUGUUCUCCGAGCUGCGGCGCAGAAGCUUGACGGCCGACGUGAGGACGUACACAACGGUGGUGUGUGCCCACGCCAGGGUGCACAAGUGGCAGCACGCCCUCCAGGUCCUCUCAGAGAUGCGGCUCGCCCGCUGCGAGCCGAACGAGAACACGUACGCGAACGCGAUUACCGCGUGCGCCGAGGGGCGGCAGAAGGAGCGAGCGCUGGAGCUCGCUCGGCGGUUCCGCGAGCGGCAGAAA